AUUCAGUACAUUGAAUACAAGCCGCGCAUGUUCCUGUAAUGCUGGAAUGGCCAUGUUCAACAGGCAAAGCUGCAGCAAAAGUCCGAUCUCGAGAGGAGCCGGGCUUUGAGUCCCUAUCUUUGCCAGUUAGAAUACUGCAGCGAGACGCGCCGCCCACGCCGCCCACGCCCAGUCGACGUUGGACGGUUGGAGCCAAAAACGCUCUGAGCAGAACAGUGCUGGAGCCGAUUGAAACUUCGCCAAAGUCCCUGGCAUGGCUUCCUGAGGAUACACACCUAAGUCUGUCCAUCAGCAGCAGCCGGCGCUCCUCGCGACAGGCAUACCUUCCACCCUUGGACGCGGAUGACGAAGGCUGCCGCAUCCAUGGCUGCCGCAUCCAUGGCUGCCGUGGUGCGUCCGAAUAUUUGUCAAGGCAAACGCUAGGUGUGCUUAGCUCGCAUGAGCAAGCUUUUGUGAAGGACGCAUUUCUGCGCUUCAAGUCGGGCAGCGCUGAGAUCAACUGCAGUGAUUUGUACGAUGUCCUGAACCAUUUGGGCUAUUUGGGAAUCACAGACGAAGCUGCUACCAGCCUAGCCAAAGAGGUAUCUCGUUUCUCAACCUUGGAUUUUAAAGAGCUGCUGCGGGUUGUGGAGAGUGCAGGGCCGUGGGAGUACGAGCAAAUACAGAUGGCAUUCCAUAGCCAUGCUACGCUGGUGAAGGAUGGAGCUCCUCAUUUGCAUGCCACAAGGCUGCCAAUGGUGCUUCACGAUUUACAGGCGACUUCAGAGUGGCAGGCGAUUCGUGAAAGCGUUAUCGAAGCGUUGAAUUUCGACUUGUCGGAACGGCCAAGUGAGAUGACUGAUGGCUCGGAUGGCUUUCUCUCGUUCAACGAUGUGAACCUCGUGCUGGCAACGCUGCGUGCUGCCCAGUGCUGCACCGCUGCCCUCUUGGAGUGUGCUGAGACCCUGUUCAACUCGGUGGCACGCCGCGCACGCGGACGCCUAGAGGUGAGCGUGCCCAGAGCCCCGGAGCUUUUGCAGCGCCUCUUUGACUACGACGCAUCUCCCAGCAUCAGCCAACUCUGUCAUCGACUCCGGAGCCGGAAGAUGAGUGCCGUGUUUUCUGAAAGUGAUGCAUCUGGAGACGAGAGUGACAAAGUCGAGCCAUGCGGACCAUGCGACUCAAUCACUUUCAGCGAGUUCCUGAUUUGGUUGCGCCGAUUGCGCUGUCUUGAACUCCGUAAGAGCUGGCUGAGCUACCAGCAGGUCGCCAAGGAGUGGGGUUAUGUGCCCCUAGACGAGUUGGCCAUUCUGGUACCAGACCUACCUUUGCUGCCGCAGCAUCGUGACGACCUCUGCAGAGAGGUCGGAUUGGAGCCCGAUACCCCCCUGCGCUUCGACGAUGUGGAGUGCCUGAAGAGGCAUUGCUGCCUGAUGAAAGAAUUCUCCAUCGAAGAGGCAAGAUACUUCAGCGGUGUUUUCGGCCAUUUCCAAUCCGAGGAUCACGCUGGCUUUGUUGACCGAGCUGACUGCCUAUGUAUAUUCCGCUACAUGGGAUACGGCUUGAAUGGUGACGAGAUUUAUUCGUUGCUGUUGGAUGCCAGAGCUGCAGGGCACCGUGUUCUUGGUUUAGGCGAUUUUCUGAACAUGAUCAGGGCCUGUCGAUCGAGACAGAGAGGAAUGAUCAGGACGGCUUAUGAAAUGAAUGCCCAGGACAUGGGCUUUUCCGACUUGAGUGACCUGGAUGAAACAGGCUCCGCCCUGACUAUGUCUGAUGAUGAGGAUUCUCCAAAGGAGCUCAUCUUUGGAAGACGACAGAGCAAUGAUUGCUCACGUGCAGCCUUUCGUCGCCGCAGUAGCGUCAAGCAGGGACAGGUCUCCAAGCAGGUGGAAUGUGGACACGUGCAGGGAGAAGGCCUUCUGGUGCCCACUGGUGCUUUAGAGGCACUGGGCGCAGCCGGCUGGUCUCUAGAGGAGGAUGCCUUGGAAGAGGCUCUGGCCCGAAUUGGCGUUCAAGGACAAAGGCUUCUCAGUUUGGAUGACUUCUCCAACCUGGCAAAGCUUUUGCGGGAAGAGGGGGCAGCUCAGAAGCAACGACAAGCGGGAUGGACUGUCUCUGAGGCCCAGGACAUCCACUGUCUGUACGAGGUGCAUGGGGGAUCUCACGAUCACCCCUUGGGUGAGGACCAGCUUGAGCGUUUGCUCUGGGACCUGGACGUCAAAAAGGGCUUUGAAGAGCUAAAGCAGCUUUUUGACAAAGCUCGGAUGCAGAGUGGCGAGGAGCCAGGAGCAAUGCAGGUGACGCUCUCGACGCUGAUGCACUUGCUUCGCUUCAUAUCACAGAGCGGGCUACGCAGCGCUUUUGGGCGAGAAAGCGAAGCCUUCGACGUGGAAGGAUGCUCUGAAGCGGAAGUUGCGGGUUAUCGUGACCUUUUCCGGAAGCUGCAGAAAUGGAACUUGCCUCUACCCCUGCCUCCUGGAAGUCCAGUCGCGCGGCGGUUAUCUGAAUCUGGACUGACCGUGCCGGACUUGCCGAUGACUCCGCCACCUCCAGCUCCUAUGACAAAGGUAUGCAAAAAAGGUGGAUCAGGUCUGAAACAGGAGUAUCCGGAGAUUUUAAAGAAAAUGAAGUCAGCUUUGGCUGUGCCGAGCUCCAUUCAGCAAGUUUCAUGCGCGGCAGUCAUGAAGUGUCUUCGCCGCUUGGGCCAGCGGUGCGAUGAGAAGCUGACACCAGCACAGCAGGCAGAGCUCUGGAAGAAGAUCGAGGACUUCAGUAUUUGUAGCCAGCGCGAUACUCUGGACUUCGCAGCUUUUGUCCGCAUCAUGGGAUGGGUCCAACGAACAGACUUUGCCAGUAUCCGCCAACAGUCCGACAAAGUCGGAUCAUUUUUUGCACUCGCAGAGUCCGUGAUUGCUGGCAAGUAAGAUGCCAUUCUUCCAGCUCGCUCUCGAGCUGUGUAGGGAGGGUGUUUGCAGGCCUUCGGUCGUAAAGCUCCAUCGGAUA